AUGUCGUCCUCUGCAGCCGAGGAGAUUGACGCACUCAUCCAAGAUGUGGCUGCAGCUUCCAAGAUACCAACCAAAUCAAGGGGCGCAAACAUCAAGCCCACAGUUGCAAGCCUAACCUCUCUGGCUUAUGAGAACGGCCUACUGCCAAACGCGCUUGAAGAGCUUGUUGGCCUGUUGGUUACGCCCAGUCAUCUCGAUCAGGCGAGUUUAGCUGCUAUAGCCAGGAAUCUGUAUCCUGUUGCCAGAGUAUCCCGGCAGGUUACAAUUCGUGUCAUUGGUGCCCUCGGACAUGGAAAUCUUAAGCCCUCGCUCAAUCUUCAGGUAGCUCUUCUGAAAUGGCUCAUCAUGAUCCACCACGUAUUAGAAACGCCGGCUGUGCUUGCCCAAGCUUAUGGCGUUCUCUUCAAUUUGCUUGACACAGCGGCGAUUAGACCAAACGUUUGUCAUCUACUGGCACUUAUCACGCGAAGAAAACAUGUCAAACCGUUUAGGAUCCAAGCUCUCUUGAAUUUGUCACGGCAGACAGCUAAUGAUCCCUAUUUGAUCGGUCUACUGAGAGUCUUCAAAGAUUACUAUCCCGAGAUCAUCUUGGGGGAGUUGGUUCGUGGCAAGGCUUCGGCUUUUAAACACCCAGAUAUAUCAUGGAAAGAAAGGCUGCAAGAAAUACAAGACGCCUACGCCCUGCAAGCGGAGAAGAAUUCACGUGGAGCUCUUGAUGGGUUCCAAGUCAAUCGCGCUACCGGCCGUGCCCAAGGAAGAAGAGUUGUGCCGGUUGUGCACACUUCUCACAAUGCAGUUACGCUGGAAGAGAUUGAAAAUGUCACUGGCUUUGUCCAAAACAUGGACAAAAUAGAGCUGCCAAAUCAGCUUGUAGCUGUACUUGCUGAUCCUUUACUGCAAAAGCUCUUGCUCUUACGUCCGAAUGCCGAAGCUUAUCAGCGGGUAGCGAACUGGCUGAGCUCAGUUUUGCAGAACGUCAUUGACGGUGAUGCCGAUGAAGCCACGCUGUGGGAAGUUUUGGACGUCGUAAAGGAGUUUGUUGUGCAGAGUAAAUCUGUACCCCCCGUUCUCCUGAAUUUCUUCGCCCGUUUCUUCCAACAGUGGAAUGGGUCCGGCCACCGUAGCUACAUUUUGCAGAUACUUGCGUAUGCUCCUUUAUUGGAGUUUCAAGAAUUCUAUGAGCACAUCCUACAGCCAUUAGAAUCGGCUGUCUUGGACAAUACCCCUGGUUCACAGGUCGAUAUAUUGACUUUGUAUACCGACAUACUUCGCCAUUGGAUUGCUAUAUUACAGUCUAAUGAGCCAAUUCCAUCCCACGCCAAUACGAGCCUGACGGCACUGAUUCGCCAUACUGGACAACUCAGCCUCACUCUUCUACAAACGUCACCUACAGAGUCGGUAAAUGCUGCCGUUGUCGAAUUUUACGAGCAAGCGAUUCACCUGGUCAACGACGAUAGGCUAAAGUACUAUAUACGGAUUGAACUACCACCAUCUGAGCUCAUAUACAGCUUCUUGUUCAGUGGCUCUGUGACGACAAUAUCCCGCUUAUGCGAUAUCUUGGCGUGCUACAAAAAAGGUUUUGAAAUGGCCAUGUCAACCAAGGCAAGGAAUGACGGCUCCAACCGGAUCGAUGCUCUCUCGUACGACCGAGCCUAUGUCAAUUUGUACAACGGCUAUCUCAUGGACAUUUGUAACUGUUUCUGGCGAAGUCGAGCCUUUAGCGAUGCGGAUACCAAUUCCCACGGCUGUAUGAUUCCGCGGCCGGCUGUUUCCAAGCUCACAUCAUACGUAUCCUCGGUAGACAAGACCUUUACCCUCCCUUCAUUAUUUUCCUUGUCGUACUCACCGGUGCUCUGUCUUCAGAGUAUUCACUCAGUACGGGACCUGGAGGAUACGGCCAUUGCAAACGAUAGCACCAUUCGGACAAGACAUGCUGGACCUGUAACGCAGGCUAGCCUUUCGAAGCUGGCUACGUCGGGAGGCAUCCAGCUUUCAUGGCAAGAAUACCGCAUUGAAGUUCUCAGAUCGCUUGCUGAAAAGAACCUUGGAGGCAUUGCUGAGCUCCUGAAGAACACAAUGACGGUGUUAAAGAAGUCAAUGGAUGCAACACCGCGAGCACGAGCCAAAAUGUUGAGCCAAGAUUUCAGCUAA